AUGUAUAUAUGGGCGAAGUCGCGUAGGGUUUUCUUCAUGCCGGAAAAGGAAAGUUUCCAUGCGCCGAGCCUUCUUCUCCACGUCGUGUAUGGGCCGACAUUGUACCAAGGAAAGCUCCAAACAUUAGCCAGGCCUCUUCUCUAUUCGAUCAAGGCCUUUGGCGCUGCUGCUCGGGCCAUUAGACACUCCAAAUCCUCCAUGGGCUUCGUUUACUCGCUUACCGGACAUGUCUCGGUGUGGUCUCAACUAGGGAAUAUCGAUCAUCCGGCUCAGGAUGUGGAGUUGAGACAUCAGAUUUUGGGAGAGGCUCACGCGAGCAAGUUUUCCAUUCAUCCGGGAGCGACCAAGAUGUACCAUGACCUCAAGAGGUACUAUCAUUGGGUCGGGAUGAAGAGGGAUGUAGCAGACUGGGUUGCGAAGUGCAACACUUGUGCCUUGGUGAAGGCAGAGCAUCAGGUUCCGGGUGGUCUUUUGCAGAGUUUACCCAUUCCAGAGUGGAAGUGGGACAGGAUUACGAUGGAUUUCGUGGUUGGACUACCUGUUUCGAGGACUUUCGAUGCUAUCUGGGUGAUUGUGGAUCGGUUGACUAAGUCCGCACAUUUCUUGGCCAUCAAGAAGACAGAUGGAGCUGCUGUUUUGGCUAGGAAGUUUGUGCGAGAGAUUGUGAGGCUGCAUGGAGUGCCAGCUAGUAUUGUGUCAGACCGUGAUCCCAGAUUCACUUCAGAGUUUUGGAGAGCUUUUCAGGCAGAGAUGGGCACUAAGGUGCAUUUGAGUACAGCUUAUCAUCCGCAGACAGAUGGUCAGUCAGAGAGGACUAUUCAGACUUUGGAGGAUUUGCUGAGGAUGUGUGUGUUGGAUUGGGGUGGCCAUUGGGCAGAUCACCUGAGCUUAGUUGAGUUUGCAUACAACAACAGCUUUCAGGCGAGUAUUGGCAUGGCUCCAUUUGAGGCUUUGUAUGGGAGGCCAUGUAGGACACCCCUAUGCUGGACCCAAGUGGGGGAGCGCAGCAUGUAUGGAGCUACUUAUGUUCAGGAGACGACAGAGAAGGUUCGUGUUGUGAGGCUGAACAUGAAGGAGGCUCAGGAUAGGCAGAAGAGUUAUGCAGAUAGACGCAGACGAGAGCUUGAGUUUCAGGUUGGAGAUAGAGUUUAUCUCAAGAUGGCUAUGUUGAGGGGUCCUAACAGAUCCAUAGCAGAGAACAAGCUGAGUCCGCGUUUUAUGGGUCCGUUUCCAGUAGUGGAGCGAGUUGGGCCAUUGGCUUACAGGCUGGAGUUGCCUGAGAUUAUGAAAGCCUUUCACAAGGUUUUUCAUGUGUCGAUGCUGAGGAAGUGUCUUCACCCUACAGAGGAGUUAGUGGCUAGGAUUCCAGAGGAUCUUCAGCCAGAUUUGACAGUGCCGGCAGUGCCUGUGAGGAUUUUAGAGAGGAGGGAAAAGGUUCUGAGGAACAAGAGGAUUCCCUUACUGAGGAUUUUGUGGGAUUGCAGUGGUUCUACAGAGGAGACUUGGGAGCCAGAGGCAAAGAUGAAGUUGAAGUUCAGGAAGUGGUUCGACAAGCAGGUCGAGGAGUGA